GAGCCACGCACCGGCCGCCGCCGCCACCGCCGCCGCUGCGCCCCGCUCCGGUCCGUGCUCCGGUGCCCGCUCCGAUCCUUGCUCCGCGCCCACCGCCCUCCAGGAGAGCUUGCAGAGGAGGCAUUGCCCAGGCCCCACACCCCGGUGCCUGCAACCCCGGUCCUGCCCGGGAUGCUGCGCGGAGCUGAGCACUGAGGUGGGCGCCAUGGGGCACGCGUCGUAGCCCCCCGCCGUGCCCCUCCUGCGCGUGGCACCGGUGGCGGCGCCCACUGGGUCGGUGCUGAGCGCUCCUUGAUGGAAUUGCGGUGAAUGGAACAGAAGCCCAGCACCCUGGACCCGCUGUCGGAGCCAGAGGACACCCGGUGGCUGGAUGGGAAGCGCAAAAGAAAGAGCAGCCAAUGUUUGGUGAAGAGCAGCAUGUCAGGGUACAUCCCUAGUUACCUGGACAAAGAUGAACAGUGUGUGGUGUGCGGGGACAAGGCCACAGGCUACCACUACCGCUGCAUCACCUGCGAGGGCUGCAAGGGCUUUUUCCGUCGGACCAUCCAGAAGAACCUGCACCCGACCUACUCCUGCAAGUACGAUGGGUGCUGCGUCAUCGACAAGAUCACCCGCAACCAGUGCCAGCUCUGCCGCUUCAAGAAGUGCAUCUCCGUGGGCAUGGCCAUGGAUUUGGUGCUGGAUGACUCGAAGCGGGUAGCGAAGCGAAAGCUGAUCGAGGAGAACCGGGAGCGGCGGCGCAAGGAGGAGAUGAUCAAGUCCCUGCAGCAUCGCCCCAACCCCAGCGCCGAGGAGUGGGAGCUGAUCCACGUGGUGACGGAGGCUCACCGCAGCACCAACGCCCAGGGCAGCCACUGGAAGCAGAAGCGGAAAUUCCUGCCCGAGGACAUCGGACAGUCGCCCAUGGCCUCCAUGCCCGACGGGGACAAAGUCGACCUGGAGGCGUUCAGCGAGUUUACAAAGAUCAUCACCCCGGCCAUCACCCGCGUGGUCGACUUUGCCAAAAAACUGCCCAUGUUUUCGGAGCUGCCUUGUGAAGAUCAGAUCAUCCUGCUGAAGGGCUGCUGCAUGGAGAUCAUGUCCCUGCGGGCGGCUGUGCGCUACGACCCCGAGAGCGAGACGCUGACGCUGAGCGGGGAGAUGGCAGUCAAGCGAGAGCAGCUCAAGAACGGAGGCCUCGGCGUCGUCUCCGAUGCCAUCUUCGACCUGGGCAAGUCCCUCUCUGCCUUCAACCUGGAUGACACCGAGGUGGCCCUGCUCCAGGCUGUGCUGCUCAUGUCCUCAGACCGGACGGGGCUGAUCUGCGUGGAGAAGAUCGAGAAGUGCCAGGAGACCUACCUGCUGGCCUUCGAGCACUACAUCAACUACCGCAAACACAACAUUCCCCACUUCUGGCCCAAGCUGCUGAUGAAGGUGACAGACCUGCGGAUGAUCGGCGCCUGCCACGCCAGCCGCUUCCUGCACAUGAAGGUGGAGUGUCCCACCGAGCUCUUCCCCCCUCUCUUCCUCGAGGUCUUCGAGGACCAGGAGGUGUAGGGCUGCCACCACCUCUUCUCCACCUCCCCGUGCCCGCCCUCACCCAUCUCCUCCUCCUCCUCCUCCUCCUCCUCCUCCUCCUCCUCCUCCUCCUCCUCCUCCUCCUCCUCCUCCUCCUCCUCCUCCUCCCAAACCCCUUCCAUUUUUUAUCUUCUCCCCCUCCCACCCAAGGGUGAGGGCAAAGGGGAUGCUGCGCCCAGGGCAGAGAGGUGGUGGUGGUAAUGUGGGGGGUGUCCUGCUGUGCCACCCCCACCCCGAGACUGGCUGCCCAACCCCACCCCUCUCCAAAUACACACACACACACACUCUCCCCCUCCCCCCAAAACCCCCCUCCCCCAAACCCCAGAGCCCCAGGACUUGAUGACUUUUGUUUGUUUGCACAGGGAAGGGCCCCGACGGUCGAGAGUUUCCUUUAUUGUCCUUCUCUUCUUAGAUUAUUAUUUUUUAAGCAUUUAUUUCCCUCCCUGAGAGGCUAAAAAUAUUAAACUAACUGCACUUUGGAA